AAGCGUUUAUUUACAUUCGAACUAAGGGAGAUAAUUUUUUGGAAGCAGUGAAAAUGUCUAACACUAAUUGAAAUUUGGGACAAUUUAUAGUUUUUUAAAUCAUAUAAAGGUAUCGAAAAGAUUUGAAACAAAAUGGAUUCUGAUGUCCUAACAGAGGUUCCACAGAGCAUGAAAAGGCUUGUGCGACUUGUAGCACGUGGAUUUUAUUCUAUUGAACAUGCAUUAGUUAUAGACAUGCUGGUGAGAAACCCGUGCAUGAAAGAGGAUGAUAUGCUUGAAUUGUUAAAAUUUGACAGGAAACAGCUACGUGCUGUCAUAAACACACUGAAAAUUGAAAAAUUUAUAAAAGUUAGAAUGCGAGUAGAAACAGAUGCCGAUGGUCGGACUACAAGACAUAAUUAUUAUUUUAUAAGUUAUAUCAUGUUUGUGAAUGUUGUGAAAUAUAAACUAGACCAUGUACGGCGGAAAAUAGAAAUGGAAGAGCGGUGUAACACAAGUCGAGCAUCAUUCAGAUGUGAUGACUGUCAGAAAACAUUUACAGACCUGGAGGCUGACCAACUAUUUGACUUCUUUUCACAAACAUUCAAGUGUACAAUAUGCCAAAAUGAAGUUAUAGAGGAUGAAAGUGCAAUAAACAAGGCAGAUGCUCGGACAUUACUUGCCAAGUUCAAUGAACAGAUUCAACCUCUGUAUGAUUUGUUACGAGAAUGUGAAGAUGUUAAAUUAGCACCAGAACUCAUGGAGCCAGAACCCACAGAUAUCAGAUCCUCUCAAAGACCAAAGAACACAAAGUCGACUGUAUCAGACAAAUGGAGUGGAGAUGCGACCAAAUAUACGACACAGUUUGGUUACUCCGAUACAUCUAUCAGUGUUUCUAUGAAUGAAGAGCAGAAGAAAGAGAAGGAAGCACCUAAACAACAACCUAUCUGGAUGAAGAAGAGCACUGUAGAUGGUGUACCCACAGAUACUGUUAAUGAGAUUGUUGCGGAAGAUGAUGUGAUAACAAGGAAGGACCAGGAUAAUCGGCCGGAUGUGAACCGUGAGAUAGAGAAUUUACUAAUGAUACACGAAAAGAAAAUCAACAUGAGUGUACCAGCAAUGAUUCCUGGGACUGGAAACACAGAGGAGAGUGAUAGUAGUGACAGUGAAGCUGAAACCUCACAACCGACAGGAACCUCAACUACUGUGGCAGAUAUCGAGAGUGAAGAUGAGGAAGAAGAUGUCAUGGUAACAGUAGCAGGAACUAAAAUACCUUACUCUGAUGUAACAGAUGAAAUAGUAGCACGAAUGUCACUCGAUGAGAAAGCUGAAUAUAUAAAACUUGGUCAGGAAAUGUACAAGGAUAUGUAUGAAUGAGGUUAAACACGAGUGCCACGUUUUGGACAAACUGAAUGAAUUUGACUCCAGGGAUAACACACACAUUGUCACUUACCUGCUGAGCAGAAACAGUACAUGUAUGGCAAUGUAUGGGAAUGCAAUGUGUAGCUACUUUUCACUUCUUCAGAAGUUUUUACAGGACAUUGAUUGUCUGAAUUGUUGAUAGAUGAACUUACAAAAGAUCUCAUAUUGCAUUUAUGUUUGAUUGACAUAUUUUGAAAAGCUGUAUGAAUGGUGCAUGUCUAUUGUCACCUAUAUGAUAGGGUUAUAAAGUUAUUGUUGUGUUCAAGUAAAGAAAUUAUUACUGA